AUGCUUUUCUUUUUUCAGUCUUAUGUUACCAAUGAAUGUGUUUUCAGGUGGCGAUGGUGGAGGUCCAGCUAGAGGAUGAUCACGAUUACCCUCCUGGCUUAUUGAUUGCUUUCAGUGCCUGCACAACAGUGCUGGUGGCCGUCCAUCUCUUUGCCUUGAUGAUCAGCACAUGUAUCCUGCCCAACCUGGAGGCCGUGAGCAACGUCCACAACCUCAACUCCAUAAAGGAAUCACCACACGAGCGCAUGCACCGCCACAUCGAGCUGGCCUGGGCCUUCUCCACCGUCAUAGGCACCCUCCUCUUUCUUGCAGAGGUGGUUCUUCUGUGCUGGGUGAAGUUCCUCCCUCUGAAGAAUAUCAAAGAUUCUGCCUCGAAAGCGAAUGUAAAUGAAUCUCGAAGUAUAAGCCCGGGGGAAGCUGCAGCGAUCGCCUCUACCUCCAUCAUGGUGCCCUUUGGCUUGGUGUUCAUUGUUUUCGCUGUGCAUUUCUACCGUUCGCUGGUCAGCCACAAAACAGAGCGGCAGCACCAGGAGUUGGAGGUUCUGGCCAAAAUCACACAGAUGCAAAACCAACUGGAUCACAGGGGAGAGGCGUCCAACCUGUCCUCUUCAGCACACUUCGCCUAGUUGACGCACUUAGAUGAGCCCUUAUUCUCAAACCAAACAAAAUAUGUUUUUUCUUGAAUAGACACUAGAGGAUGGGAAUCAGGGAUUCUGCAAUAUCUCAGUAUUGUGAUGCCUUGUUUAAUUUGUAGUGUACAUACAAG